GAUGAGGACCACAUCAUCAAACAAGAUGAAAAGAAAGUGUGUAUUGAAUAUGAAACAUAUGAGUGGUGACUGGCGGAUGUGAAAGGCUGCAUUGUGGCUCCCAGGGGACCAGUGACAGAUGCUAUGAGGACUUAAAUCCAGAGCUGACCACUUCAGGUCCACAUGUGCUCUCAGUGAGGUUGUGAACACACUAGUGUCUGCAUGGGACCUAACUCCUCUGAUUCUCCAACAAACAAGAUGCAGAACAGGACUGAGAAGUUUGGAGGUCAGCUGCCUCCCUUUGUUCCAGCCAGCAGCUCUCAGAGAGGUCUGUUCAGGAAGAGCACCACCUACCUGGCUAAGAUCGCUGUCGUCCUCCAAGACGCUCCAGGCAAGAUGCUCACUUUUACUCAGUUGAUGGACAGGCUGACACCAUUAAUCUAUGAGGACAGAAAAUCUUUUGAGAACAACCUUAGAGUUUGUUUAUCAACUCACAAAUGUUUUGUAAAGAUUCCCGUGGUUCCUAAUUCACUGGACAGUAAGAGAAACUACUGGAAACUGGACCCCAGUCUGAUCACAGCAAAGAUGGCGCGUCGUCACUUCAAAGGAAUCCUGCAGCUCUUCCCUGAGUUGGAAUCUAAAGUGGAAACAGAGAACACGAGCAGACCGUCAGAGAACUGCUCAGCUCUGCACUCCCCUGAACCUGCAGCCUGCAGAGCUGUUCAGAUCAGAUGUGAGGUGAAGUUCAGCAGUCCUUUCUCCAUUGAGUCCCUCCUGAAGAGAGACAGUCCCUCUGCUCGGACCUCCAGAGCUUCUCCUCUGUCCAGUGUGCCGGUCAGAGUGGAGCAGCAGACUCCAUCCACACACAGACAGGUUGGGACAAAGAAGAGCUUCAGAUGGGACCCUGAGGAGCCUCUCCUACUUCCAGCUUCAGUUGGUAGUUCCGUCAUCUGCUCAACAGGGGGCAGCACACACCAUGGACUCACUGCUACUGGAGCUGCUCAGCCCAUCGAGAGGGGAAAUGUGUGCACUCAGUCCUCGUUCCCUGUCUACACAAGAGCCAGUGCUGCUCCUUAUUUCACCAGCCUACACAGCCGUUACAUCACUUACUGUGUUCCCACAUAUACCCAUGAUGCUCUCCGUUUCUGCCUGUAAUGCGUCCUGACAUUUCAGCUUUC